CUUGUUGCAACGGAGGCUGCAGGUGAUGUGCUGGUAACAGGCAAUGAUGGACAGCAUGCAGAAGAAAAUUCUAGCAACGUCACAACAAAUGUUUUCAGAAAAACAUUACAAGUGACGCAGGCAAGUGGUCACUGCGCUAGAAAUCUGGAAUCGCACAUACCAGGAAUAUUUUGUGGGCGAAAUGUGCGGUUAACCGGUGGUCCUCAACAUUUUGUUCGUUUGACGGUUGAGAGCAGCUGCUUAGUCUGUAAUUCUGGCCGUCUACCUUCAUUCCAGCUGAUCUCUAAUCUUCAUUCAAUGAUGGAGGAAGAAACUAUACCAGUCGUGGACAUAAGUGCUUUCACUGAGUAUGAAAAAACCCACGACGCAGCUCUUAUAGAAGAUCUCAUAAAUCAAUGGAAAAAAGCCUUUCAAUCGAUUGGCUUCGUUAUAGUUACAGGACAUGGAGUUCCAGAAACAGUCUGUGAAAAUUUCCAUGGUGACUCUAUGACGUUCUUUUCAGCACCAUUGGCAGAGAAAUCAUGUCUCGAUUUGAAAAAUGGUUACGGAAAAGGCGGUUACGUCGGCCUGGGAAAAGAAGUCGUAGGCAAAACCAAUAUUUAUAACAAGAAUGAUAAUUUGCUGCAAAAGACCACGGAGCAGAAUGGAAAGCAAAAUGUUGUUCCUGAUUAUGUGGAAACUCUGGAAUUCCUGCGAGGAUAUGACGAUGAAGAUAUCCCUGAUACUCUGCCUGAAAGUCCAAACACUUUCGGUAGCAGCCUUUAUGCGUAUUGGGAUUGCCUGAAGACAUUUUACCACAGACUUUUUCGCAUCUCUGCUUUAGCUCUUGGUCUAGAUGAAGAUCACUUUGAGCAGUUUUUCACUGAGCCAUAUGAAAGAUUGAGACUUGCAUUUUACCCUGCUCAAGAUACACAACAGGCAGCCCCGGGACAAUUAAGGUAUGGACCCCAUACAGAUUAUGCCUGUUUUGCCAUUGUAAAGUCAGAUGAUGCUCCAGGAGGCUUAGAGGUGUUAGGCAAGCAAGGUAACUGGAUCCCAGUGCAAUGGAUAGCAGGCUCAUUUAUAGUUAAUGCUGGAGAUUUGAUGCAAAGAUGGACCAAUGAUUGCUGGCGUUCAGUUGUACACAGAGUAGCCAAUCCUCCUGCUACAGAUUGCAGCCGCCCUCGACUCUCAAUUGUCUUAUUUGUUGGCCCAAACAGAAAUACAACAAUCAAGGCACUUGAGACUUGUUGUUCAGAAGAAAAUCCGGCAAAGUACAAACCAAUUCUUUGCAAGGAACAUUUGAGUAGAAAGAUUAAAAUCAGUAGUGUGAGCACAUAAUGAGUUUUUAACUUCACUAAGUUAAUAGGUGGUAAUAUAUUUUGGGUGUUAAAUAGAAACCUGUGGUUAAAUCAAAAGUUUCAAUUUCCAUUUCCGCAGGGGUCUAAAUUUUCAUUUCUUUCAUUUUCUUGUUUAGUCUCUAUAGCAAUAUUGGUUUUAAACAGCUAUAUUCUUAGUCAAUCUUAGUGUUCUAUGAUAUCUAACUUCCCUUAAAAGCUAUGUUUGUUUCUUCGGAUGUUUUUUAGUUCAUUUAAUGUUAUGAAAAAACUAGUUGAGUAGGCAAAACAGUUUACAAUGGCAAACCUAGCCUUUGUAAUUCUAGAAAUAGAGAAUAUUUAUCAAAUAUUUGUUUGCCCAAAUCAUGACAAAUCUUUGUUCAUAUAUUGUAUUAUGCUUCUUAUUGCUCAUUUUGCAAUUUAUUUAUAGUUUUUAGAAGCACUUUUAUUUAUAUGUUGAGGAAUUAUGAUUGUAGGAGAGCCUGCAGUUCCCCUAAGAUUUGAAGGCUCACUGUUGCAUUGCUUAUUGGCUUUUCAUGUACAGCAAGCGUGACACAUUGCUUUCUGUUGGAUAACCAAUACCAUUGUUUUGCUAUACUUGUAAACAAGGCCUUCUGAUACAAUUCAUUUUUGUCUUUGUGAAGUGGGUUUUCGUGUACAGAAAAAUUGUCGAAGUGUGACACAUUGUUUUGUUUUGUUAGACCAAUCAUGCGAUUAAACAGAGCAAUAGUGUGCCCUUUAGGUUCUAUACAAGAAUUUUCCUCCCAAACGCACAAGACCUAGCAAGAUACACAAGACUUCUGUAUAAACAGCAGCAAGACAAUGUUUAUUGUUUUUGUCCUAUUCUUUAUUCACACAAGAUGUUUGAAACUCUAUAAAUACCUUCUUUGUGACCCAUGUAAUGCAAUGGUCUUCCCAAAUUUUUCUAUGCAAUUGUUGAGUAUUAUAUUAUUUAUCAUAUUUAAUUUUUCAACAUUUCUGCAAUGCCUCAGUAUACUUUAUUUACCAUCUUUAUUCUUAUUUUUCUAUCUGUUUAUUCAAGGAUACAGUAUAUACAGUAAUAAAAUUGAAGUAUAUCUUUGCAGUAUGUAUAUGUAUAAUCUUUUGUUUAAUUGAACGUAUAGUAUAUUUUGAGGUAUAUUUUUAGGAUGGUGGUUUGAAUGGAAA